ACUCUCUUUGUGUUUUCUUUUUCUCAGUUUAUAACUUUUUAUCCAUCGACAUCAAAACAAGGACUCUUGGGAAAACGCAGAGUUAUGGACACUGUCCUUUGAAACUCCAAACAAAUAAAACAGCUCAUAGUAGUAUUAUAGUAAAAGAUAGCCUUCAAAGUACGCUAACCCAUUUCUUCUUUUCGCAUAACUCAAUUGGAAAUUGCUUCUUCCUUAUUAGUUUUGCUUUCAUCUGCUUGAAACUUUCUCGGAUUUCUGAAGGAUCUUUUUGUGUGACAAAAGGCUGGAUUGGAAAAAAGGGAAAGUGAACCCUUUUAUGAGUAGCAUAAGGGCAAGGCUAAGGCCAAGACCGAUGCCGUUGAAUAUAUUUCCGGACAUGGAAGGAUUGCCCCGGAUUAUAUUGACUGAGGCAACUGGUUCAUCAGCAGAGGUGCUUCUAUAUGGGGGUCAGGUUGUUUCUUGGAAGAAUGAACGAAAGGAAGAACUGCUUUUUAUGAGCAGUAAGGCUAACUGGAAACAGUCUAAAGCAAACAGAGGAGGUAUAUCAGUCUGCUUUCCACAGUUUGGAAAUCUUGGUUCACUAGAACAACAUGGGUCUGCAAGAAACAGAUUGUGGUCAUUGGAUAGGGACCCUUCACCUCUACCUCCAUCAGACAAUCAGUCCUCUGUGGAUCUGAUAAUAAAGUCAACAGGAGUUGACUUGAAGAAUAGGCCAUGUAGUUUUGAGUUUCGGCUUCGAAUCUCUCUCAGUGCUGGCAAGCUCAUUUUGAUCCCCCGAGUCAGAAACACGGAUAAUAAAACACUUUCUUUUACACUGUCAAUAAGCAACUAUUUAUCGGUAUCAGAUAUCAGUGAAGUACGUGUUGAGGGAUUGGAGACACUUGAUUACCUUGACAAUCUGCUGAACAGAUCAAGGUUCACAGAGCAGGCAGAUGCAAUUACUUUUGAUGGCCAGAUGGAUAGGUUGUACUUGCGCACCCCCACAAAAAUUGCAGUAAUAGACCAUGAGAAGAAAAGAACAUUUGUACUGCAGAAGAAUGCAAUGCCAGAUGCAGUGAUAUGGAAUCCCGGAUAUAGGAAGGCCAAGGCUCUUCCUGAUUUAGGGGAUGCUGAUUACAAGUUCAUGAUAUGUGUGGAUUCUGAAGCUAUUGAAACCCCACUUAUGUUGAAGCCCUAUGAAGAAUGGAAGGGCUAUCAGGAGCUCUCUAAUGUUUCAUCAAGCUAUUGCAGUGGACAAUUGGAUCCUUCUAAGGUUCUUUAUGGUUUUCACUAAACACCAUAAUGCAGCCAAUGGAGAUAAUUAGAUUAUAAUGGACUUCACUCUCCUAAUUAGUUAAACACUAUAAGUGCACUACACGUGCAUUCAUACCAUGCUGAGAUUAUAAUAAAGUGAGAGCAACUAAAUAAUUGCGAGAUGCUUCUUUGUAUUCAUACUCAUGUCAAUAAAUAAGUUGCAUUAUUACAGUAUUAUCCAUUGGACUAGACAGUGUGUUUGUAAGGUUCCUAUAAAAUCUAGCAAUUGAGCUUAGUACUUUCUUUUGUUGAUA